AUGGAGACGCGGACGUUCUGCUUCGUCGCCGUUUUCCUCGCGACGUUCGCGACGACCACCCCUGAGUCGCUGGACACGAGCACAGAGGAGGCACUCGUGGCAUCCGAGGCGCAAAACGUUCUCGACGAAUGCCAGAACUCGGAUUACAGGACCUACAUAAAGUGUCUGAAGAGACAGAAGAGGCAUCAUUUCCCGCACUCAGACUUCGAUCCCACCUGUUUGGAUUCGUGUCCAAAGAGGUGUCACACGGAGCACGAGUGUGAGAUGAAAUGUGGUCAUUGUAUGAGAAAGACGAAGCACAGGCAUCAGAUAAUCACAGAAUACGAGACUGAAUGCUCCUCUGGAGAGUGCCGCAACACGACUUCUAGUGACAAAGAAUUAGGAAGCACUAAUAUUACCACCAAGAUCGACAUCCACAACGUCAUUAAUAAUAACGUAACAAGUAUGUUGCCAAUUAUAUAA